AUGAAACAGAAUUCAGAAAUUUUAUUGUCUGGCUCGAAGACCAGAAAAUCAGACACUACAAGAUUGAAGACCGAGGGAACCUGAGAAACAUACACAGCGAUGACUGGCCCAAAUCGUUUGAAAAGUAUAUGAAAGAUGUAAACUGCCCUUUCAAAAUACAAGAACGACAAGAAACAGUGGACUGGCUGCUCGGCUUAGCAGUUAGGCUCGAGUAUGGAGAUAAUGCUGAUAAGUACAAGGAUUCUACCCCAGAUGGUGCUAAAAAUACUGAUAAUACAGCAAAAAUUGCAGAACCGCUGAUUAACUUGGAUG